GCGUAAGUCCUGGUACUUUAAAAGACGUCACCAUGGAUAAUUCAUAUGGUGUAGGAUACCGUUCUCCCUGCGUGGGCUCCCAAGGGUUCAUGUCUGGACAAGGAAAUUCUCUUCGAGAGAUCGAAGAACAAAUUGUAUCUUUACGAAAGGAAAACUUCAAUCUAAGACUACGUGUAUAUUUUUUAGAAGAAAAUGUGCCAGGAUAUAAUCAACCAGAUAAAACCAUACCUGAAGAUACACUUUUAAAACAAUUAGUUGAUUAUAAGGUUGAAGUAGAAAUGCUACGUAAAGAUGUUCAAGAUAAGCAAGAAUUGCUUAAAGAAGCUGCGGCUGCUCUGACACAUAUGGAGGAGAUAGCAAACGAAAAACAGAUGCAAAAUAGUGAAGAUAAUAAGAAGGAUUGUAGUCAAACAUCAGAAGAAAUUGCAACAGGUGAAAACACAGAAAAAUUAAAUAAUAUGGCAGCGAACUCUAAGAUAAGUGAACUGGAAGAGUUACUGAAAGCAUCUAAUGAAAAGAUUAAUGACUUCCAAAAUCAAAUAUCUGCACUGGAUGACAUUCUUACACGACGAGAUGAAACAAUAAAAGAAUAUCAAGAACAAAUCAAAGAGUUGCGUUGUCAAAAAUCAGAUCUUGAGCAGUCAUUAGAAGCAAGAGAGAGAGAAAUUAAUACCGUAGAGAUGACUACAAUAAGUCUUUAUACUUCUAAUGGAAAAAUCGUUUCUGAAAAUAAAAAUUUGGCUCUUUCUUUGAAAAGUACUCAUGAACUUUAUCUUGAACAAGAACGCUAUGUGAACCUAAUAGAACCCCAAUUGCGAGAUCAAAUGUUUUUGCUUGUUAAAUUUCAAACCGAAGUCACUGUUAUAUUUAAUAGAAACUAG